UCCACCGCCAGCCAGCCGCACUCCGGACAAUAACACAGCUGGGGAUGCUGCACGGCCACCAGCCGCUCGCCACCUCUCCCACUGCCUGCUGCCCGUGAGCGGAGAGACAGCGAGGGGGGGACUCGCCCAGGGCUGGCGUUUGCCUUUCCCUCCAGAGCUUCGCCUGGAUCCGCGCAGGGCUGCGAGCCAGAGGGUGAGGCAGCCAGGGGAUUGCAGAGGCUGGGAAAAUGGAGAUCACGGAGGCCGGCGCCAUUCAGCAAGAGAGGCUGCAGGCCAUAGCGGAGAAGAGGAAACGUCAGAUCGAGAUCGAAAAUAAAAGGCGGCAGCUCGAAGACGACAGACGCCAAUUACAGCACCUAAAGUCCAAGGCUCUGAGGGAGAGGUGGCUGCUGGAAGGAGCCCCGUCGUCCGCCUCCGAGGAAGACGAGGCCAUGAAGAAGCAGAUGCAGGAAGACGAAGUGAAGACCAAGGAGCUGGAAGAAACCAUCCAGAGGUUGGAGAAGGAGCUGGAGAUUCUGGAGAACGGGGACUCGGCGCCUCCCACCAAGCAGAAGCUGGGGAAGGAGGUAGCGGUGACAGCAAAGGAGGAGAAAGCAGCAAACACACAGAAGACUCCGCUGGGCACAACUAAAGCGGAGCAGAAGAUCUCCAACAGCCCCAUGAAGUCGGUGGAGGGCACUGACAUGAUGAAGGCAGCCAUGUACUCAGUGGAGAUCACAGUGGAGAAGGACAGAGUAACUGGCGAGACCAAAGUCCUAUCCAGCACCACCCUGCUCCCCAAGAAUCAUUGCCUGCAGGGGGUCAAGGUGUACGAGGAUGAGAUGAAAGUGGUGCACGCGGUCCACAUGGAGGAUGGCGCCAUCGAGAACGGGGUGCACCUUCUCAGCUCCUCUGAGGUGGACGAGCUGAUCCACAAGGCAGAUGAGGCGAACCUGAGCGAGGCCUCCCGGAGGGACUCCAAGACCAAGGAGCGCGAAGAGGCCAAGAAGGGGAGUCCCGGGAGCAACCUGCCCAGCCAAAAGACCACGCCCCGGAAGGAGAUCACUGGGGUGCAAGCCAAGCCAAUGGACAGCCCAAGAAUCCUGGCCUCCGGUGAAGGGGCAGAGCCUAGCAAAGAGCAGCCGGUCACCAUGAUCUUCAUGGGCUACCAGAACGUGGAGGACGAGAACGAGACCAAAAAGGUGCUGGGCCUGGGGGGCACCAUCAAGGCCGAGCUGGUGGUGAUCGAAGAUGCCGACAACAAGCCAGCAGCGGCUGGAGCGGCAGACUGCACGGGCAAGGACCACGCCCCGCCCAACGGCAGCACCGUGGAGCCUGUGGCCGCCCUGCCGCAGAAGGAAGACGGCCAGGUCGGGGAGAAGCCAGGGGCCAACGACACGGAUCCCAAGGGGGCCGAUCAGGACCUAGACAUGAAGAAACACCGUUGCAAAUGCUGCACGGUGAUGUGAAACGUCGGCCGGCUCCUUUUGACCUCCCCUCAUUGUACAGCCAAAAAGGACUGCCCCCCAUCUUCUGUUACCCUGUCCCUCAUAGUUCGCUAAGUUCCACAAACUCCAAGUGACACAGUAUUUUAUUUACUUACCAGACACAACUUCUUUUUCUUAAGAGACUGGGGAAACAAAUGCAGUGUUUGUAAAGUGUAUAAUAGGCAGCACCAUCUCCCGGCCGCGGCAUCGCUCGUCUGACGUCCGCUUCCAUGCAAUACGCCACCGGCGCUGAAUAUUAUAUUUAUUAUACACGCUUAUUUUUUUCCCCCUGCCUUUGUCUCUCCCCUCUGCUCCCCUGUGCCAUGGUGGGGUUUCUCAGAGCUCCUCAGCCCACCGGGGAUGGCCAUCACGGAACUCUCCCGCCUGUAGGACUCCCGUUUUUUUAAUUGUACUGAUGGCUUUCCCCCUCGUUAAAUGACACCCUCCUCUGUUAUCCGAAGGAUGCUGGAGCUGAUCUCACUGAUGGGGGGGCUCAGGAGAGGGUCAUAGGACUAAGAAGCCUCCUUAGAUGGUUCUUCAAGAACUGGCUGUUGUUAGGAAUUUCUUUCCGGCCUUCUGGAAGGGGAAGGAGGGAGGCCGCCUACGUCCCAGCACUUUCUCCACACGCCCUGGCGUCAACGGGCCACGGUUUAGAAACACCUGUAUCAUCUUGAUAAGGCCACGGCCCAGCCGACAGAGCCCGCCUGUCCAGCGGCAGCUUAACUAUCCCCCUCGCCCCGGGUUCGUUCCGACGACAGGUCUGGGGAAACCCGACAAGUCACAGACACAGCGCCCCAAACCACAGCUCCACAAAAAGUUUGAAGCAGAGGUUUCGGCCGGCACGUGAGCUGCUGGACCGAACUUAAAUUUGGCCUGACCUUGCUGCUUGGAGUUUUUAAGCACUGACGCGAGCCUUCAAACCAGCCACAAGAGGGACUGUUUCUGCGGCAAAAGGAAAAGGACACUCCCCGGAGUCCGUGUGUGACGUUCCAACACAGCUUGGCCAAGGUCCGUGGGGGUGGGCUGUGAGAUGGACCUGUUGUUUCAACACCUAAAGUUGAUCGUUCCUGUGGUGCCUGGGGCAACGCGCAGCUCCAGAAAAAUGCAGCGGUGUAAAAAAUAAACAGAUCCCUGCUGGAUUUCCAGGCAGCAGAAUCAGUUAUUCUGGAGUCACUCCUUCUCUGAAGGAACUUCUAUGUCCGGCACUCACAGUGGUGACCACAAGCCUUAAGGUACUUUAUUGACCCCGCUGGUUUGAAUGCCGGAACCGGGACCUAUCAGCUCCCACACCCCUGUGAUGUCAUGUCCUCUGCUGGUUUCUACAGAAGAGCGGCUCCUUCAUUUCUUAGCUGGCUUUUCUCUGCUGGAAUGACAAGGCCGUGAGGGGGCGAGGUGGUUGGAAGGACACUGACUGCGUCUCCCCUUGCAUGAACUUUUCCCUUGUAGACGCCGUGCCGGUAAGGAUAUCAGCCACUGAGCUGUUGACCGAGAUGCUCCCAGCUCUGGACGGUGGGUGAAAUUGGAAGAGGUUGGCCCAAGACUCGGCCAGCGGGAGAAGGGACUGCUCGUCGGGAGUUCUGGAGUGUUGUUCUGAACAUGUUCGUGGUCAUUAAAUUGUGGAGCCCUGGUUAGCCACAGGUAGGGCCCUCGUCCCCUGUCAGCACCUCCACCCACUCAGCACCGGCAGCUCCAUAGCAUCAAUGCUGUCGCCUUCCCGGUCCAGGGCAGCCCUCCCACGCAACAUGCUCGUCUGGACAAAGUCUGAGCCCUCCAAUCCCUUGGCACGUCCUCACUCGAGCAUGCCCUGCCAGAUGCCCUAUUGCUGCAUGGGUGGGGGCAUUAUGAUUUGCCUUUGGCGCCACCUAGUGGCAUUGAUGGGUCCCCUCGAGCCAGUUGCUUAUUCAGCACAUUUGGCCCUGGCAAAGGAAAACGGUUUUCACUUUGUGGCCAAGGAGCCCAGCAAGGGACCCGACAAAUGGCUUUGAAGGGGGGCAGAGUUUGGCAGCUGCCUCAAUUGCUUGGAGACACCCCUAAACCAGGCCCCAGUUCUGCCCUCCUUGAAACCUAGGCAGGCCUGGUGACACUAAUGGGGUUGCACCAGCUGUACCUGAAAGCAGAAUUCCCCCGUCCCCCAAGUAAAGCGAUGGGGCUGGAGUCUACUCUCGGCUACCCGCUGACUGUUGUGGGUCUGCCCCAGAGCUUGCGGACUCCUCUGGGGGCCACUCACAGAGGUUUCCGGCCUCAGAAUAUCUUUAUUCUUGAACUGUGUUAUGCUGAAGGAGGGCACCUGGCUUUUAAAGCAGUGAAGUGAGUGGUGAUGCUUUGCUCGGCUUUAGUUCUUUUGCCGCUCCUGGUUCGAGUCUGUAGCUGGCCACUGGGCCCCAGCCACCUCCAGGGAGCGUCUGGUUCUUAUCCGGGCUGACGUCCGUUCUCGGGAACACCUCGCGAGGGAGCUCUUCAGAACAGAGGCCUCCCUGAUCCCUAAUCGCUUUCCUUGCACCCACUCUCCCUGAAGCGUAGCGCUGUGGGCGUGGCGAGAUCAGCCCCUCGCUCCCCUGAUCACGCCCGAUGAAUUGCAGGCCAGACCCCAGCUGGUGUAAACUGCCAGAGCGCAUCGACUUCAGUGGAGCGACGCCAGCUCACUGACACCAGCUGAGGGUCUGCCCCAGGCUCUGCAGCAGAGCAUGACCCGGGAGGCAGUUCUGCUCCGCAACUGCCAGAUUCGCAAGGAUGCUACAAGUCCCCCAAAGGCAGCUUGUUGGCUCGCUGCCUUUGGGCCCUCCUCGGAGUGGGCGGUCCUUUACUGGGUUCCCUAGGGGAGGCAAUGGGAGUACAGGACAAAUCCCAUCCAGCAGAACAAAUCAAGCAAUGGGCCAUGACCCAGGGGGUGCCAUUAGAAUGCAGGCUCGGUGCUAGAGGUAAGACUUCCCGGCUAGACAGACAAAGCUCCUGGGUGUGGGUCUUGGGUCUCCUUUGCUGUGACAGGGGCUGAAAUAGGACGAGCUGUAGGGUUAGUGGUAGGACUAGAGAUUGGAGCUUGUGUAAGGAAAAGCUAGCGCUCAAUUAGUGUUUGGUUCAGGACGACAGAGUCAGGGAUGCAUUGGGGCUGGGUCAUUUAUCUGCAGUGACUCAUUUAUCGAUACGACUUUAGACCUUUUUUCCCACACCCCAGAUAGACAUUAUUACAAAUUUGCUCGUUACUGGAAACGGUUCGACGAACGCUCAAUGAAAACGCUCCGGGAACUUGGCCUUAAGCAGGGCGUCGGGUUGCGGGCCGGAGUCUUUGGUAUCGCCUCUGCUCUCCAGCUGGAGUGUUGAAAUUUGUUACGAGCGGGGACGAGGAAAGGGAUUUAAGGAGGUGCCCCUGGGAACGCUUCCUGCACGGAGCACACGUUUGUACGCACGUGAGCGUCCCAGGAACGUUCUUGCAGACAGACAAACACCAAAGCUUUUGGGCGUGUUCACGGAAAUCACGCCAAACGCCCUCAAGGUCAAGUUGGGGCCAGAUCCCCAUCUUGAGUAAGUCAGCCCAGUUCCAUUGACUCCAGUGGAUUUACGCCUUCGGAGGGCCUGGCCCUGGGAGUUGAGGAAUGCUUUUUAUUUGUUGAAAAUGUUCGCCCGGCUCUAGACGCUAUGGGACCAGAUUCUCACCUGGUGUAAAUGGGAAGCCAAUGGUGUUAUGCCAGUUUAUGCCACCUGUGUGGUGCAUCAGUGCCAGCUCCGCCAUCGUUACACCAGGUCGGUCAGUUAAUGGGUAGGUGAUAAAAGUGUGGGGAGGUGGCUCUGUGCUCCCUUGGUUUUCACCCUGUUCUCUCACAUCAUCCUUAGAGGCUGAUCUCACCCAGGUAGCAACAGCAUCUUCUGCCCAGGCAUGCAGGUCCUGAAGGGGGACGUCAUCCUGGCUUCUCUGUUAUGUGGAAAUUACCACUGGGCAAGAUUAACAGCACGUGCCCUGGAGGCUUAACUGGACUCAGCAGGUGCCGAGGCUACUUGUUGCCCCUCUGCAGAGGGGUAAAUUUCACCCUAAUGUGAUGUCUCAAGGAUUAACCAAAGAUCAGGCCCCUGACUGCACACAAUGGUCUCCCCCCUCCUCCUCCCCCCGCGAUUUGUGUAGCCGUCGCUGUUAAAGCGUUUCCCCUGCUGCGCAGCUUGAAAGGUUCCCGUGCUCGGUGUCGCCCCACGGCUACUCCAUGCUGCACCCAGCUGUGGUUUUCACGCCCUUCCACUACGUGUCGGCGGUUCUCAUCCCUGGCAUUAGUCCUUGUUCGGUCAGUCGGCCGGAGAGGACUCGCGGUCCUGGCAAAGGUCAUGGAGCACAACACACGUAGCAGCCUGCGUGCCCAUGGAAAAAUACCCCCCGGGGCCGUGCCCAUGGAAAAAUACCCACCCGGGGCCGUGCCCAUUCUCCCUCCUAGCUCUACUGACUUUGAGAGGGGCCCAGAAGGAGGCAGCAGUGAAGCUGGCCCCCAAAUAGAAACCAAGGGGUUAAAAAGUAUGUGCCCACACGUGCGCACACACACACACACAGGGAGACAUCACGACCUGAAGCCUUGAUCAACAGCGAAUACAUUUUACAACAGGGAAUACAUUUUACAAUCAAAUUGUUAUUGCCUCUUCUAGGCGCCGAUCCAACAAAGCACUAACGCCCGUGUGUAACUGCACAUGUUCUUUGCUGGAUCAGGGAUCCGUCGCCUGUUUGCACCUGGUUCCAUUUCCAGGCUCCUCACGGUCCCGUUCAAAGAUUCUCGUAGCAGGAGGAGGGCUGGGUCCAGAGAAGCAGAUCCCAGUUAGUCACUUGCUAUUUUCCCACUAGGCUGGCCAGUUCUCUUCGGUCUGUGACAAUCAUUUCUCCAGGGGCAGACGGAGGCCGAGGCUUUCCUCUCCGUGCUCAGCCUCCGACCCUUGGCCUUCAAACGCAGCAGUAGCACAGAUGCUUCUCCCCUGGGAUUGGGGUCUAGACUAGCUUCCCUUGGUGACCCCUGAAAGAGGUACCCGGCUUCCCAGCAUUGGGUUUGGUGCAAUCCAGGAUGGACACUGGCAAAGCUUCGCCUGUAGCCGAUUCCACCACCCCUCAAUUAUUUCAUUUAACCAAUGGUCUUAGCCCCCAUGGCUGAGAUCUUUGCCGAAGAAUAACGUUAAGGACCCUGUAAUCAUGUCUAUUCUCUGGGGGUGGGGGGGUGAAGAGGGGUGUGGCGGGGCGGUGUGAGAGUGACCCAGCUGUACAAAGAGGGACGUUGCCUGCCCGGCUGCCCUUGCCAGGUGCACGUUGUCCUCCUGUAGCCCCUUCCUUGGUCCCGUCCCAACCUGGGGUGGGGCCAGGCUGCGUCCUCUCCUCCACGGCAGGUGGCUGUCGAGAAUCAGCCAGCUUCGUGCCACCUACUGGGUGGGGAUCUGGCUUCUAGGGCUCCACGGAUCCGCCCUUAGUCCGGCCCCGGGAGCUCUUGCUGUUCUGGGGGCAGUCCCGCCCCCCAGUCCACACAUGGGGCAGAUGGGGAGUUACGCUACGGGGCAGACCUCCCCCAGGUUCCAGUUUAGCUCUGGACCCAAGUCAGUCUUAAACCAGGCACCAGCCUAGUCACUUAGGGCCCGAGUCUGCUCCUGAUGGGCUUUCCGCUGCUGCUGUUAAUGGACUCCGGAUCGGGCCCUUGAUUCCCCAGCUGGAUCAGGGUAGGGGUGGCUUGAGGGGGAGAAAGCAGGCGCCCAGCACAUUCUGAACGGGAGACUGGUAUGCAGCCCCCUCCCCUAGCCCCUUUCCCCCACAUCUGCCUGGCCCCUUCCCAGCCGGUGUGUGUACAGGGCGGUCCCUCUGUGAGUCCACACCCACCGCCCCCCCCCAUUCCUCCCCGCCCCCCGCUGCGUGACUCGGCUAAAGUGCACUUCCCGUGCUCCUGUGCUUUUUAAUUGUGACGAGCCCCCGUUGUUUGUAAUACACCCGAACUAAGCCAAUAAACUGUGUGACUAAUCAGA